UCAAUAAAAAGGGAAAAACAAAAGACAAAAAAGCCAUGCGGCUAAUUGGAUUUAUGCUAAAUUUGGCAGCCCUAACAGGGGCCGUCUUGGCCAAUCACCAUGACAGUCUUACGUUGAGCCCGGCCGAGCAUAGUGUCGUCCGGUAUACAAAUGAAUCGCUCAUUGUCCAAUGUCGCAGUCCCCAUCCGGAUGUGAAGCUGCAUUGGAAAUCGCCGAAAGGUGAAGUUAUACGCGAGCACAAAGGACGCAUACAUAUUGAACAAACUGCACCAGAUCAAUUGAAAAUCGUUUUUGCCCACAUCGUAUUGGCCGACAAGGGCAAUUGGUCUUGUGAAUCAACUGAGGGAGGACCGCAUAGUAAAUCCUUCGAUUUGAUUGUGUAUCAGAAAAUUACAUUCGCCGACAAUGCUACUAUACUGACCGUAAAAGAGGGACAAAAUGCAACCAUUUAUUGUGAGGUGAAAGGUGAACCACAACCAAAUGUCACCUGGCAUUUCAAUGGACAGCCCAUUAGUGCAGAAACGGACGCAACGAAAUUUCUCAUCCUGGCCGAUGGUUUGCUCAUCAACAAGGUGACACAGAGUGACACUGGCGAAUAUACGUGCCGGGCAUACCAAGUGAAUUCGAUUGUUUCCGAUAUGCAGGAGCGAACCGUUUUGAUGAAAAUCGAACACAAACCGUUUUGGACUAACAAACAGUUUGUAAGCAUGCAGUAUGCCUAUAUCAAUGGAACGGCCACGAUUUCGUGUGAGGCACAGGCGGAACCGCCGGCAACCUUCACUUGGCAUCGCAAACAGAAGCAUUUGCACAGCAAUGACAAACUGUACACAAUCGAAACGGACAACUACUCAUCCCGGUUAACUAUUCGCGUUCAUAAUGCCAGCGUGUUUGAUGGCUAUCGUUGUCAUGUUGCAAAUCAUCUGGGCACCAUUGAUCGAGUCAAGCAAUUGGAGCAGGGAGAGAAACCACCAGUGCCAGUGACCUUCCAAUUGCGUGGCUUCAACUCGAAUACCUUCGAUGUGGACGUGAGUGUUCCACGUGGCCAGGAGCGUGGUCUCAUGGAUGUAAAUGGUUUUCGCAUUGAAUAUAUGACCGAGUUGGAGUUCAAGACGGACGGCGGCAAGUGGACCAAUGCCAAGCGUAAGGAUUUCCCCUUCGAAGAAGGUGCCACUUUUUUGAUCACGAACCUAGAACCUGAUACUGCUUAUCUGAUGCGGGCCGCCUCACGUAACCUGGCCGGCUAUAGUGACUACACCAAGGUAGAGAAGUACAGGACAUUGUCACUUGAACCCCGCUCAUCGGCAGGCAUCCUUUUACCUGUCAUUAAUCAUCUCCUUUUGCCCGCGUUGGCCAUGUGGCUGUUGGGACAUUGAAUCUGAAUCUGCAGGCGGAUGACGGAUGAUGUGAAAGUUCCCCCAUCUUUCCUAUCUCAAGAAAACAUAAAAAACGAUGUGCUUUAAAGCAACUACUUUCCUGUCUGCUUUGCUAUAUAAACAUAUAUAUAUAUAUAUCUUAAGUUCUUUGUGUAUUUAAGCUGUUGAUAUAAUCAUAACCUAAGUUGAUACUUUAGCUUUUAUGCCUCGAGUUCGAUUAAAUGAAUAUGUAUCUGAUUCUAUAUUAAUCUAAUUGAAUCCUCAUAGUCUUUAAAUUAUAUUAUCAACUCGGAAGUUUAAUAAUCUAAACAAAUGCUUUAGCUCAAUGAGAAAACCGAUACCCAAAAAUUUAACCAAGUGCCAACUAUAUGAAAAUUGAAAAUUAGCCAAAAGAAAAAAAAAACCCAAAUACCUAAACAUAAUUUCAACAAAGAUUUCUUCAUGAGCAAUUGUGCUUUAAUCUACUAUAGAUAUAAUUAAAAUUCACCUCGAUUCUUGAAGACUCUUACAUCUGUAGCCAAACUAAAUAUAUUAUAAAGUAACUUAAACUUUUUCAAAACCCUUGCAAAGGCUGUAAAGUGAGUAAUGAGUCAGCCAGAAAAGUAAAAAUUCUCGAAGGAUAAAUUAAUUUUCUCAUUGGCAUAGCCAGCUACUUAACACUCUUCCCAACAGAAAUAUUUCUAAUUCUGCUUCUAAAAAUUUGCCUUCAAUGAUUGAGAUCAAUAUACUUUAAAAAAGACAAGAAUUGAUGAUUUAAACUUAAACUGAAACUCAUUUCUUACUCUACAGACCUUAAAAAGGCAUUAGUGUUCUCCUAAUGGCCUCAAGUCUCUUAUUGUACUCCAAUAAAUAGAUCAUUUACUGAAAUCAAUAGCUAUAUAUACAUAUAUAUACAUUUAAAUGUAAUAAAAAAGAGCUUAACAAGAAGCAUUUGAAAGUUUUAUACAACAUUUUUGCCAAAGCACUAGGCAAAGGGCAAAAACAAACAUUUCCACCCAAUGAAUAUUUCGAAAUGCCAGAAGGAAACAACAAAUAAAGAUAAAUAAAAAAAAAAAUUAAAUAAAAAAACAAUUAAAAAUUAUUUAAAAGUGAAAAUAAUUUGACCCUUGAAAAAUGUUACGCAAAAUAAAGAAUAUGUUCCAUGUGAAAACAAAAAGGGCAAUAUAUAAAUGUAUUGAUGAUGUUGUGUGUGAGCCAAUGAAAAUUUAAAUAAAACCAAACAAAAUUAAACCCGAAAAGAGAAAUGAAA